AUGUCAGCAACCGGACUUUUGCUGUUGGGCGUGGUGGUGGCGGUGGGCGGGGCCAACGUGUUCCCCGAGACGCGCCUGGAGACGCUGCCCUGCGGAACGACCACCAUGAACCCCGGCGAGCGAGUGGCCAUCCAGUCGCCCAACUUCCCCCAAAACUACGACACGGACUACAGGUGCCAGUAUGAGAUCACCUGCAACCCCAUGGAGUCUACCUACCUGGAGUUCAUCUGUCCUACCUUCGAACUGGAAUCCUCCACCGACUGCCUCAAUGACCGCCUGGUGGUGACUUACCAUGGCUCUCGCGAAGAGAAAUGCGGCACCGACAGUCCCGACGGAACCAUUACCUCCGACGGGUGGACGCGCCUCACCUUCGCCAGCAACGGCGCCACCACCGCCCCUGGCUACCGCUGCUACAUCUGGUGCCGCGAACAGACCAGCACGACCUCCACCACCACUUCAACGACAACCACAUCUACCACUACUACUACCCCAACUACCACUACUACAACUACCACACCUACAACCACUACAACCCCCACCACAACUACUACCACACCCACCACCACAACACCCACCACCACAACACCCACCACCACAACACCCACCACCACAACACCCACCACCACAACACCCACCACCACAACACCCACCACCACAACACCCACCACCACAACACCCACAACCACCACGCCAACCACUCCAGUCUGCUAGAUCAGUAAUCUGUAAUGCUUACAUAUAAUCCUUUGCAUUACAGCUUACAUCCACCACUACUACAUUUAUUACCACUAAUGCAACUAUAACUCAUUGCACCAAUGCAACAUCUUCCGCUACGAAGUCUACACCUAAUACUUCACUCUGCAAGAUCAUUUAAAUUUGCCACCGUAUGUGUGUCAAGAUCCUCUGAAUCUUGACACUCAGAAGGUAAAUGUGUAUUAUGCAAUAAAACAGGAUAUAUGA